GCGGGGACCUUCGCCAUGUGUGCGGCUCAAGCGGCUGCGGUGGCCCAGGCCACCGUGUCGGCGCGCCCGCUCGGCGCCGAGGAGCCGAUGAGCCUGGGCUCCCUGCGGGGCAAGGUGCUGCUCAUCGAGAAUGUGGCGUCCCUCUGAGGUACCACGGUCCGGGACUACACCCAGAUGAACGAGCUGCAGCGGCGCCUCGGGCCCCGGGGCCUGGUGGUACUCGGCUUCCCGUGCAACCAGUUUGGGCAUCAGGAGAACGCCAAGAAUGAAGAGAUCCUGAACUCCCUCAAGUACGUCCGACCCGGCGACGGGUUCGAGCCCAACUUCACAGUCUUCGAGAAAUGCGAGGUGAAUGGCGCCAAGGCACAUCCGCUCUUUGCUUUCCUGCGCGAGGCCCUGCCGGCGCCCAGCGAUGACCCCUGUGCGCUCAUGACCGACCCCAAGUUCAUCACCUGGUCUCCCGUGUGCCGCAACGACAUUGCCUGGAACUUUGAGAAGUUCCUGGUGGGUCCUGACGGCGUGCCGGUGCGCAGGUACAGCCGCCGCUUUCCGACCAUUGACAUCGAGCCCGACAUCGAAGCCCUGCUGUCCCAGGGGCCAUAGGGCACCUCCCCCACCCUGGCUACCCGGCAGGUGCAGCGCUGCGUCUGGGGGGUUUCAUCCAUGACGGUGUCUCCUCUAAACCCCGAAGGAGGAACGCCUGAUGUCCGGAAAACCCCCCAGGUGGGCGCCUCUCCUGUCCAUCGCAGCCCUCCCUCUGCCAGACCUCUCCCCACCCCGCCCAAUAAAGCGCCAGUGAAAGCAGAA